GUUCACACAAAAAAAAACAUGAUACAGCUAUCCUAUAAAAAGGGAGCAGAGUUGAGACGAUAGCACAGAGCCUUUGUUGUCUGACCACGAAGACAGUAGAACCUCAUUCGAGAAAAUGUUUCCCAAAAGUUGCCUUAUCGUCUGUCUGUCCAUGACCCUGCUCAUUCAUACAGUGAGGUCAACUAUGGUCAAGAUAGAGGGAGAAUACUUUGACAUUGACAUACCGGAGACUCUAGACUCGGACCCAAGCUUCAGAGGCGAUGAGAAGUUGACCGAUGACAUCCUGUUGACCAGACUCCGCCGGGCUACCGCCCAGCACUUUGUGGCCAGCCCACACGCCAGCGACCAGCCCCAGCAGCAGACCAACAGGGGCAGCAGGUACUCACGCUGGCAGAGGUAUAACGCCAUCCGCUCAGGUGGCCGAGGACAGGUGCUCGACGCUUAAGGACAGGUGGGCGAGGUCAGCUGAUCGACGCUUACAAUAUAGAGUUGUGAGACCACCAGCUUGUGACACCACCAGUAUGUAACACUACCAGUCAAGGACAACAGUGAUGUUCAGUUUUUAAUUGCACGUUCACCCAUGUGGUCUGAUUAAUAAAAACGUUCUACGGCCACCAUU